CUUAAACGAGUUAAUCGAAGAAGCGCAGAACAAGAUGUGCGCAUGUUAGAAACCACUACCUCACAGCACUUGCACUUGCUCGAGGCUUUAUCACCGCGGGGGGCCUCGCUGUUUGAGAUGAAAUCGAAUGCGGGCGUGAUCCACUGAAUGGCAGCAGACAUUGCUUCGAAUGACCGGUAGUCAGAGCGCAGGGUCGUCGAGGCCAGCUCGGAGUUCGUCACCAUGGGUGUCAAGGGGUUAUGGCAGCUCAUCGAGCCCAUAGGGCGGCCAAUCCGUCCCGAGACGCUCGAAGGACAAAAGCUGGCCAUCGACUCGUCCAUCUGGCUUUACCACUUCCAAAUGGCUAUGAGAGACAAGACGGGAAAGACAUUCAAAAAUGCUCACAUCCUCGGUUUCCUGUGGCGCAUCCUGAAACUCUUGCAUCUUGGCAUCAGGCCCGUCUUUGUGUUUGAUGGCGGUGCACCUGCUCUGAAGAGAAAGACUUUGGCCGGCCGGCGAGCACGAAAAGCUGGUGCACAAGAAUCACAUGCAAAGACUGCGUCCAAGCUUCUCAAUGCGCAGCUCCGCGAAGCGGCUUACAGACAUGUUAUUGAGCAGAAAGAUAAGCAACGCGAAGCAGCGGAAGCAACCCAAAAGCGCCGCUGGAAAGGCAGCGAUGAGGCAGUGGAGGGGGAAGAAGCAUGGGAGCCUGACGAUGAGCGCUAUGACGGCGAUAAUAGCGUCGAAGAAGCGCUUAGAACUGGACUGCAAGAAGACCUAGGGGGAAACGUCGUCUACUUUGAUGAUCUCAUGGCACCCAACGCUGGAAGCUCUACUCAACGCGGUGCUCAUCGCAGUGCAUCUCGGCCCCCACUCCGAACAUCCGCUAGCCCGUCUAAAGGCGACGAGACCCCGGACGAGGCCAGCCCCAACAAGGCAAGAAAGAAAGACUGGCACAAGGAUCCAUACGCACUCCCACCUCUCGAAGCGAAUCUAUCCACCAUCGGCUUGCGUUCUGCUUCCCGUGCGAACGGUGGCGACGUCAGUAAAGCAAAGUUUAAGCGCCCAAAGAAAGAUUUCCGGUACGCUACCGAAUCAGAGCUGCGCGCCAUGAUGUCGUCGCUACGUCCCGAAGACCUCAGCACCACGUCUCCAUUUUUCUCGCAGCUCCCAGUUGCACUUCAGUAUGAGCUUGUUGGUGACAUGCGUGCCCAAAGCCGUGGGACAUCGUACAAGCGCUUGCAGAGUAUGAUCGCUGCUGCGCCGACUGCGGCCGACUUUUCUAAGCAGCAGGUGCUCGGCUUGAAGACACGCAACGACUGGACUCAACGUGUGCUCGAGGUCACCGACCAGAUCGGCAGCGCCAACAUCAAAGUCAACGUCAUCACCGACAAGGGCAGGAUCGCGGGCAGCAGAGGCAAGGAAUAUGUGCUCGUUCGGAAUGAGAAGGACGGCGGUUUUGUGCUCGGUCGCAGGGCUGGGGAGGGGGGCACCAAAGAGAAGGCGAUUGAUCUUGAAGAGCUCGAACGCGGACAGAGGGAUGACGAGCUCAUCGGCAGUGAGGACGAGGAAAAUGCAGGCGGCGCUGCCAAACGGCGGCGGCUGGCAAGUGGAGGGGAAGCCAGGCAUCUAAAUGAUGUCAUGACCGACGAAGAAGAAUAUGAAGAAGUAUCCUCAGCCGGUCAUGCUCGCGCCUCGGCGUCUUCGCCCGCCAAAAUCUCUUCCACGGAUCUCGACAACGUUUCCAAGUCGCAACGUCAACAGCUCGCUACUUUGCUUGAAGACGGCGAAUUCGAUGUCUUUGCUCGCAAGGAGGUGGCCAUGCAGCUCAUUUGUCAACGGGCAAAAGCGCACGCCAAGCAGGGCAGACGUGAAGCUGGCGUCAGGUCGAUUGCGGACGUCCUUGAUGAUGAAGAGGCCUGGGAGGAGGCGGGACGUGCGAGAGGCAAUUCGACGCGCCAGCAGGGGUCUCGCUUAGGCUUGUUUCGCGCUGUUCCAGUCGCUUCCAGAGCGGAUGGCGCCAUCGAUAUUGUGGAUAGUGAUGAUGAGCUCAGAGAAGGCGCAGAAGAAGUCGCUGAGUGGGAAAACCAGGACGCCUUGUUUUCUGACAUUCUUGCCAACGGCACUGCACAUCUCGCACUCCCGAAUUCGGUUCCUGGGGCAGUCCAACCGGACGACGAUGACAGUCUCGAUGAUUUUUCAGCAGACCUGUACGAGCCUGCUUUAGAGGAUCGGCAGGCGACGUCAGAUGUUGCGAGCGGCGUUGGGGGACCGCAGGAGUUGAAGGAAGUGACUGCGUUUGAAGAAGUCGAAGGUAGCGCGACUCUGCGAAUAUCUUCAUCACAAUCGCGAACCAGUUCAUCUACUCAGGCGAGGAAGCACCUCGUGCCAAUAGAUGAGCAACCACAAGGCAUCUACGGUGGCAACGCAGCUCUCGGCUUCCGAUACGCAGACAGAGCCGGCGUGCCAGAUCGUUUGAAGAACAGUCUUUUCGUCCGUGACGAACAAAGAAGGAAAGAUUUUGAAGAAGAUCUUUACGUUUCUGAAAGACCUCAUGCGAGUAAUUCACCAGGCAAGUCGCCAAGCAAAAACACGUCAACAAGCGCUCGGCCAAUAAGGAGGAGCUCCAGUACUAUCAAAACGGCACAGCAUGAUGCAAUCGCUCGUACUAUAGCGCCUCGUCCUACAGCCACAGGGGUGCUCGAAUCCACGUUUACGGUAAAGCAAGCCCAGCCCGCCGUUGCGUCCGAACUGGUUCAGCAGAACUGUGACACACCUGCAGCAUCAGGAGAUGCUUCACAUGGAUUUUUUUCGGCACUCGCUGCUCUUCAGACAGGCAGUUCACCGGUAUCCCCUACCGCUGUACAUGUGAUCAAACCGUCGGAGGGGAUAUCUAGCCGAAAUGCGGGGGUUCAGGAAGCGCAGACAGGACCGGUUGACAAAGGGCUGAAUAGCCGCAAGGUUGAGGAGGACAUGGUCGUCAUCGCCAAGCGACAGCCUGAACCAGGGCUUACUGAUAACGAUCACAUUCACGAAAACGAAGACGUUCGAGAAGACCAAAAGACUCGUUUUGCAGAAGUCGUUCCGGAAAGCUUCAUGGAAGGGCCUGUCACACAGACAAGCCCUAGAACCGCUGCCGAACCGGCAGCUGAUGAUGGCCAUAAUAUCAGCUCUUCGUCCUCGAAGGGCACAACCGCAACAGACCGGCCUUCUGCCGGUAUACAAGAGCUGAGCGGAAAUAUGACAAACAAACAUAAGGCGCAUCUUCUCGAGAAUCCACAAGCAGCUAUUGAUUUGGACGAGAUAGCUCCCGACUCAGAGACGGAACAAUCACAUAACUCGACCAAUGCCUUCGUCUUUAGUCCAAAUGUUUGCUCGGACGAUGAAAAAGGCAACGAAAACGAAAACGAGCCAGAGUCAAGACAAGGUUCAGUGGCUGCGUCGCCUGAGCCUGUCAUGCUCGGCGCCGAUGGCUUUCCGCUUCCGACCCUGGAGGAAUUGGACGCGGCAGACGAGGACGACGAGGAUCUUGAGGGCUUGGUGCAAAGAGAGACGCAGGGCCUUGCCUCCAUUCUCAAGCAACAACAGCAGCCUUCUGGCCAACGUAAUAAAACAUACAGACAGAUGCAGGCCGAAGCAGAGACGGAGGUCAAUUUGCUCAAGGAGCAGCACGCGGCAUCGCGACGCACUGAGGAGGACGUCACGUUGCAGAUGGCAUUAGACGUUCAGUAUAUGCUGCGUCAAUUUGGCAUUCCUUACAUCACUGGUCCAAUGGAAGCAGAGGCGCAAUGCGCCGAACUUGUUCGGUUGGGUCUCUGUGACGGUAUUAUAACGGACGACUCAGACGUCUUCCUAUUUGGUGGCAUGCGGGUCUUCAAAAAUAUGUUCAACGACAAUAAAACCGUGCAAUGCUUUGUCAUGAAUGAUUUGGACCGCAAUGUCGGACUGGACCGCAGGAAGCUCAUCCAGCUUGCGCACCUACUCGGUAGUGACUACACAGACGGUCUCGAUGGCGUGGGCAUUGUUCUGGCCAUGGAAAUCCUUUCCAUUUUCUCGGGGGAGGAUGGGUUGAUCCGUUUCCGCGACUGGUGGCUUCUUGCACAGCAAGGCGCAGACAAGGACUACUUCCCUCCUGGUGACUGGGAUGCCGGAGAACGCAAAGAAAUCCGCUCACGACUAUCUCGCAUCAAGAAGACGCUGAUCAAGAAGGUGCAUCUAACGCCAGAGUGGCCCGACACCCGCGUAGCCGAAGCCUACCUCGAACCCCAGGUUGACCACAGCGAAGAACCCUUCGCUUGGGGUGUACCAGAUCUGGAACAAGUCCGCCAAUGCUUGAUGCACUUCCUCGGUUGGUCCGUGGAAAAGUGUGAUCAAUACGUGCUUCCCGUCUUUGAGCAGAUGCACCGACGUGGACGAGCACGUGGACAAACUACCCUCGGCGACGGCUUUUUUGACAACACUGCAGGUCUUGGUCACUACGCACCACGAGAACGUAUUCAGUUCGGCUCCACGCGCUUGCAGCAAGUUAUCAACGGCUUCCGUGCCUCUGAGAAAGGAAAAGUAUGCGUUGAGUCUAAAAUGGUAGACUCGGAUGAAUCUAGCGUUGAAGCGGUCGAUGCCAAUGGCACUUCGGCACCUCGUGCUGACCGUGGCAAGAGGAAGCGUUCCGGGGGAAGAGGGAGCGCCAGCGCAGCAAGAAGCUCUGCCAGAUCCACAGCAAGCGCCAGAGGCAGGAAAGCAAACCGGAGCAAAGGCAAGGGCGGAGCCAAUGCAGCCACCGCUGCGCAGGAAACGCGGAAUCGCUCCGAUUUUCAAGAAGGGAAUGGAGGCCAAGGCGACAGCAGUCUGUCGCCAGACAUGGAAGAAGUCACUGAAGCAGUCGAACAGCCAUUUCUACGGACUGGUAGUCUUGGAGGCUCAUCGCAGAGGGGCAGAGAAAGAGGCGCUCGUGCUGAUAAUCUAAACAUGGCUCGAAAUAUGUCCUUAGACGACAUUCAUACCUUGCCAGCUGGGCGGACGCCACGGAUUUCCCCAGACGGAUCGGGUCGAUCACCAGCGCCAGCGAGCGGAUGCCGGCCAUGAUUUGUGAAUAAAAUGUAUCAAAUAAAGUCUGAUUUUGUAGCCAAGACCUAGACCAAGUAUUAUUCGAGUUCAG